AUGAAUUCUGAUUCGAGCUCUGUCUCCAGCAGAGCUUCGUCUCCGGAUAUGGACGAGAUGUACCUGAGGGACCAUCACCACCGCCACCAUCACCACCAGGAAAGCCGGCUCAACUCGGUCUCGUCCACGCAGGGCGACCUGGUGCAGAAGAUGCCGGGGGAGAGCCUAGCGCGCGCCGGCGCCAAGGCCGCAGGAGAGAGCAGCAAGUAUAAAAUCAAAAAGCAGCUGUCGGAACAGGAUCUGCAGCAGUUGCGGUUGAAGAUCAACGGUCGGGAGCGCAAGCGGAUGCACGACCUGAACCUCGCCAUGGACGGGCUGCGCGAGGUCAUGCCCUACGCGCACGGGCCCUCGGUGCGCAAGCUCUCUAAGAUCGCCACUCUCCUGUUAGCCAGAAACUACAUCCUCAUGCUCACCAGCUCCCUGGAGGAGAUGAAGAGGUUGGUGGGCGAGAUCUAUGGGGGCCACCACUCGGCCUUCCACUGCGGGACCGUAGGCCACUCUGCUGGCCACCCAGCGCACACGGCCAACGCCGUGCACCCUGUGCAUCCCAUCUUGGGCGGCGCGCUCUCGUCUGGCAAUGCAUCCUCGCCGCUGUCCGCCGCCUCGCUGCCCGCCAUCGGCACCAUUCGGCCUCCACACUCCCUGCUCAAGGCACCCUCCACGCCGCCCGCGCUGCAACUGGGCAGCGGUUUCCAACACUGGGCCGGCCUCCCCUGCCCCUGCACCAUCUGCCAGAUGCCGCCACCACCGCACCUGUCCGCUCUGUCCACCGCCAACAUGGCCCGGCUGUCGGCUGAGUCCAAGGACUUGCUCAAGUGAGCCGCGGGCCUGCCCGGCUGCCGUGGAGCAGGGAGGAGCGGCGGGGAGGGGCCCCGGGGCCGGGCCGGGAGAUAACGGAGGCUGGGCACUCGGACCAGGCAGUCAGAGGGAAUUUCAGACCCGGUAGACCCCCGGGAGAGGAAGGGGGAAAGGACAAACUGCAGUUUCUAGAGAAUGGCGCGGGGGGUGCUGGAAUCCGACGUUGUGUGUGUUUUGCGUGCAUGCUGCUUGCCCCUUACCGCUCCCGUGUUUCCCACUGCCAUAUAUGCUCUUGUCCAACUGCGCUCGCUGUGUACAGAGGCGAUCCGUGCGGUGCAAGUUGAAACUUGCUGAGGAACUUGUGGGUUGGUUUAUUCUGCCUCUGUGUUCUCACCUGGGAAAAGGAGGACCCAUUCUUUUGUGCCAAACAAAUGUAAAUACUUUGUGGAGCUGGACACUGGGAAGAUUGUCUCUGCCCUCGGCCUGGCUGUUUGUC